CGUGUUGUGUCACGUGAUCCAAAGUAGGAGUGUCUUAACAGUUUCCCGGAAACAUGGAGGCUGUUCUGAGUGAUAUUGUAGCGCCGGAGGACCUUUUAAAAUUUGAGAAGAAAUACAACAACGAACUAACAAAGGGAGCAGUCUCCAAGGAAACCAAGUUUGAAUAUGCCUGGUGUUUGAUCAGGAGCAAAUACUCAGAGGACAUCAGGAAGGGAAUUGUGCUGUUGGAGGAACUGGUUCAUAAAUCAUCAAAGGAUGACUCACGGGACUUCCUGUUCUACCUUGCAGUGGCCAACUACAGACUCAAAGAGUACGAAAAGGCCUUGAAGUACAUCCGGACUCUCCUGAAGAACGAGCCGGGAAACAAGCAGGCUCUGGAGCUGGAGAAGCUCAUCGACAAGGCUAUGAAGAAAGAUGGUUUGGUUGGCAUGGCGAUCGUCGGGGGGAUCGGUCUCGGCGUGGUUGGCUUAGCGGGCCUCAUCGGCUUGGCGGUGUCAAGGGGAGCAGCCAAAUCCUAACCAGGACUGGUGCUUCAUGCUGGACUUAUAUACUGAGCUGCACAAAACACACAUAAAGUAUUAAAAGUGCUAAAAACAAACCUAAUGGGUUCUGGUUUGGAGUUCACAGAUUUUAUUUUGGAUUCUGGUCACCCACUAAAAGCUUUUUCUACUUAAAAACUCAGUAGGAAAGGGACAGGUGUGCUUCUGUAAAUGUGACUGAAACGCUGAAGAAAGUCGAGUUAGUCAGCUGGAGCUGGGAAGCUGUUGUCAUGGGAACAGUGAGAUUUUAGAUCUAUUAUUUGUUUGAAGGAAGAUUUACAGGAAUGGGAGGCGCUAAGAUAUUGUCUUUUUGUGUUAAAAUCAUUCCUAAACAUUUACCUUUGUUAUAUUUAAUCACUUUGUUUUACAACUUGUUGAAUAAAAUAACAGCAAAUCUGGGUUUUUGUUAGUGUAUUUCACCCUUUUUAAUCUCUUCAAGAUAAGUGAAACAGUUUUGUUUACUAGUUCUGUGGCAGAACUAGCUGAUUGUUGUUUUUUUGCUUUACCAACAAUCAGUAAUCCAAAGGCAAAAUAAAUAAAUAUAUCUGCUGCAUGGAUGCAUCA